CAGCGGUGGCCCGGCUGUCAGACAGCAACAGCAGCGUGUGUAGCGUACAGUGGAGCAGCUGGGCUCUGUUUUGCUUCCCACUCUGGAAACCGCUGUAGUGCAGUUGGACUUCACGUCUGGCGACACAACAUCACAGACUUUUAACAAGCGACUGCGUUUACAGGAGCAGAAUGGUGAGGACAGAGGUCACUGAAGCCACGGUGCCAACAGCUGCAGCUAAAAGAGUCUAAUUCUGUUGUGCCAAUGUGAGAGCACCUCAGUACCUCGUGCUGAGCUCCAGACUGCAGCAGCGGGACAAAAGACCUAAGAGAGGAGAGAGAGAGAGAGAGAGAGAGGGAGAGAGAGGAAGAGAGACGACGGAAGGAGAAAACACAGAAACAAGCCAGCAAGGAGAAUCCAAGGAGACAAGAUGUUGAUCAGAGCUGAGUUAAAGAGACAAACCUGACUCUGUGUGAAUCACAAACACUAAAAUAUAGACAAAAGAAAUAGCUUCUUGAUUUAAAAACUAAAUGUCACAAGGAAGGUUGAAAGGUUCACCUGCAACCAGACACCUUUAGAAGUUGAAAGACCCUGCACUGGACAUGGCUUUGGGCCUGUGUUCUGGUCCAACAGAAUUCACAAAAACACACCCACACUGAAACUUCUCUCCUCCUCUAAAUUUUCACAGCGCUCACCACCCAAAGAAAAAGAAAAAACCCUGCAUCUCCUCACGUUACGCUCCUCUUCCUUUAAGCCAUCUUUUCACACCUUAAGUAAAAACAGCCCAAAGACUUUCCAGACCAUCACUCAUUGCAGAGAACCAGGCAGCUGCACACUUAGUGAACAAGACUGACGCGCCGUCUCGCUGAGGAGUGGAGAAAAAACAGUCACCUAUGCCAGAGUUUGACCGGCAACAGGUUCUUUUAUUGCCACACAUGGACUGUUGAUGAAGAAAGAUGGCAGUGAGAAUGGCAGGUGCCACCCCUUCCUCUCGGCCACCCUCCCUCCCCCCCGUGGCCCCGGCUCGGACUGGUUAAGGUUGGUGUAUUGGCAUCCAUCGCAACAGCAGCAGCAGCAGCAGCUGACAGAGUGUGGGAAGGAGCAGUAUGCAGGAAACUGACUUACCAGCCACAAAUGCCUUCAAAGAGUGCAAGUUCCACUGCACCAAUGGGAAUUGUUUGCGUCUGGGCUCGCUGAUCUGCAACCAGCUGAAUAACUGUGGGGAUAACAGCGAUGAGGAGAACUGCCCCGUGGUCACCCAGCACCCGCCGCCAGGCAUCUUCAACUCUGAACUGGAGUUUGUUCAGAUUGUCAUCAUUAUCGUGGUGAUGACGGUGAUGGUGGUGGUGAUCAUCUGCCUGCUCAACCAUUACAAACUCUCAACCUGGUCUUUCAUUACAAGGCAGAGCCAGGCCCGCAGGCACGACCAUGCCCUGCAGCAGGACGGAUGUCUGUGGCCUUCAGACAGUGGUUCGCGACAAGGUGCCUCGGAGGUUUUGUAUGCUCCCCAGGCUAGGGAUCGUUUCACUGCUCCCUCCUUCAUGCAGCGUGACCGCUUCAGCCGCUUCCAGCCCACCUAUCCCUACCUGCAGCACCAGAUUGACCUGCCGCCCACCAUAUCGCUGUCAGACGGCGAGGAGCCUCCACCAUAUCAGGGUCCCUGCACCCUGCAGCUCCGUGACCCCGAGCAGCAGAUGGAGCUCAAUCGCGAGUCGGUGAGGGCGCCACCCAACCGGACCAUCUACGACAGUGACUUAAUCGACAUGGGAGGCGGGAGUCUUGGAAGAGCUGGGGGAGGAGGGGGAGGCAUGGGCGGCGGCGGCGGUCCAAGGCCGCCCAGCAGCAACUCGGGCAUCAGCGCGGCCAACUCCAGCAACCACGGGCGCAUGGAGGGCCCGCCGCCGGCGUACAGCGAGGUGAUGGGCCACUAUCCCGGCUCUGCGUUCUUUCUACACCAGCACAGCAAUAACCAGAGGGUGGGGGGGCCGGGCAGCAGGACGAUCCAGCAGCAGAGCCAAUCAGAAAGCACAAUAAUACCUGCCAAGGCCAAGGACGGCCAGCCAGAUGACCUGGUGUGAAGAAAAGGCCGGCAAGGCAGGUGGGGUCGCCCGCCCCAGACUGAGAACUGUCUCUCCACUUCACCGCUGAUCACCAGUAAGCAGUGGACUGUCUCCCUCUCUCGCUCGCUCACUCUCUCUCUGUCUCUCUGAUGUCCUCCUUCCAACACGCUCAUGCACAAAUAAAUAUCAACCUUAGCUACAAGUAAACACGGAAAGAGAGGAACCAAGAGUUGAUAUCAGGAUGUAUGCACUGCAUGGAGACCUUAUUUUUUUCUCUCUCCAUCACAUGAGAAAAAAAACAUACUGCUAGCACAGAUUGAAACGAUUUGCUUUAUUUGUUCCCUCGGGUCACGGCUCUAUCUGCAGGAACUGAGGAUGACAAUGAUGUUUUGCUUUUUCUUUUCUUUUCUUUUUUCGUUUUUUCUAUUAUUAUUUUAUUUCCCUUUUUUUUUUUUUUUGGACCGGGAUCUGUGCACAAAACGAGAACUGAGCUGAGAAUCAAGGACUUACAGAGAACACAACAAAACAAGAGACUCACAAACCCAAAUCUUAGUGCCAAGGUUCACGAGGAAGCAAAACAAAGGGGGAAAUGACUCACUCUGACACUGAAAACACAAACAAGAAAAGUUGCACUAUCUUUUUGCUGUAAAA